AUGUCUCAAGGCAAAUACGAAGCAGCUGCAAAUGUUUUGGUACAAAUCGCGAAAGUGAACGGUAAAGCAGAAAAUGAACAGGAAGAAAUUCGGAUGAAGAUGCAGAAGUUUAAAGCUGAGUUGGAGAAAGAAAACGAUGAUGCGGAGAAGUCAUCGCCAUUAGACUUUUUUAGAUAUCCAACAAUGCGGAAACGAUUUCUACUUAUUUGUGCAAAUUGGUUGGGUGUCUAUGCUAUCUACUUUGGCUUUCAAAUCAACGUAAAGAACUUAAUUGGAAAUGAGUUCUUGAACUUCUUCCUGAUUUCCGCCAUCGAGUUUCCAGCGCAUUUACUAGCAUGGUGGCUCAUGGAACGAAUAGGACGACGCUGGUGUACUGUAGGAUCAUUCCUAGUAGCAUGCCUUGCCGGUCUGAUACCAGGGGUGGCGCCCCCAGAUCAUGGCUCAAUUGGCAUAAUAGCAUCUUUGCUCGGCAAAAGUGGAGCAAGUGCUGCUUUUAUGAGCAUGUACCUUCAUACACCAGAGAUCUACCCCACGACUCUACGAGGUGUUGGGCUUGGAAUGAGCAACGCUGUUGGACACCUUAUGAGCAUCGUUUGUCCUUACAUUGUCUGUCUGGCAAAAUACAGUGAAUCUGCUCCUUUUCUGGCGUUAUCUGCAAUUUCUUUGAUGGCAGCGACAUGUGCAUCCCUUCUGCCAGAAACAUUGAAUAAGAAGCUCCCGCAGACAAUCGAAGAAGCUGAAAAUUUCGAGGACGAUCACAAGUUCUUCUCCUGUUUUCAGCAAGCGCAGACAGUUUCAUCGAUAUCUAUUUCAGGAUAACUGUUAAAUACCAAGUUAAUUACACUGAAUCUGCUUCUUUUCUGGCGUUAUCUGACAUUUCUUUGAUGGCAGCGACAUGUGCACCCUUUCUGCCAGAAACAUUGAAUAAGAAGCUCCCGCAGACAAUCGAAGAAGCUGAAAAAUUCGAGGACGAUCACAAGUUCUUCUCUUGUUUUCAGUAAGCACAGACAGUUUCCCCAAUAUCUACUUCAGGAUUACUGUUAAAUCCCAAGCUAAUUACACUGAAUCUUUUCCUUUUC